AAAUUUACAGCUUGACUGGUGGAAACUAUGGAUGUCAAACCAGGCAACUGUUGGCGCUGUAUGAAACCCCUGCCAGAGAGUCUGGUGACAUGUGGUCGUUGCCCACAGGCCAAGUACUGCAGUGAUCAGUGCCAAGAGCAAGACAGGGUCAGGCAUGGGGCCGUGGAGUGCCAGAUGUUUGGGCCCAAAAGUUGCAGUUAUUGCAAGAAAACAGGGGAAAUGAAACAGUGCGCAGGAUGCAACAACGCAUGGUACUGCAAUGGCACAUGCCAACGGAAGAGCUGGGCAGCCCAUAAAGAGGUAUGCCAAGACAUCCAAGCAAUGAUCGCUGAUCUUUCUCUUGAACUGACUAAUAAGUAUACUGAUCUUGCAAAAGGAGAUGUUACCCACACACGGGAGACAUUCCUAGAUCCCCCUUAUUACUUUGGCAACACGAUGGCAUGCGAUUUCCUUCAGCUUGGGCAGAAUGAAUGGGCAGACGGAAUCAGGGCAGACGAGACAAUGCGUGACUUCCACAUCCUUUCAGCAGGGUGUGGAGAUCUGCGACACACAGUGCUGACGGCUGCCUCCUUGCCUGCAGAGUACCAGGGAAAAGUUCAUAUUGUGCUCAAUGACUUGGACCCUUAUGUCAUGGCCAGGAAUGUCCUGUUCCUUUACAUGUUGAUUCUGCACAAAGACAGGGAAGGCAUUGCCGCCAGCCUAGCCACACUCUGGUACUCUCUGCACAUCUCCAAGUGUGACUACAACCUGACCAAAACAAGCCUGAGGAAACUCAUCCAAGCUGAUGCCAGGAGCAUUCAAGAAGCCAUGAAGGGGUGUGUGUCCAUCAGCGACGAGGAUCUGGCCAAACUUCGUUAUGUCUGGAAAGGUUGGUACUCCCUCGAGUGCGAACGCAUCAAAAGCUCCUCGGUGAACCUUACAAAGCAAAGACAGGCUGUCUUUGCAGAGAAUUUCUUCUUCAGCCAUGAAUUACAGCUCUACUAUGAAAGGCUCUCACCUAAGGAAGCCAAGAACUUAAAGACGUGGUUCCAGCGUGGCCUAUUUCUUGCUCAAGACAGCUCGGUGAGAAGUCUGCCAUUUGACAACCCAACUCUCACAGCAAGAAGACAACAAAUUGUAGGCGGAUAUAUGGAAGCCACUGACGAUUUUGUGUACUGCAUCCAUCGCAAUCUCACUCCAUUCACAGCUUUGGACAGCCUGCAAGUGCAGGGGUCUGCAGGUGAAACAACUUCUACUCCCACCGUCAUGUACCACAAAUAUGUGGAGAAGCAGCUGCAGAAAACAUCAACCCUCCUAGCCCAGGAUAGGCUCCACAUACACAUGCUGGUUUCUAGCUGCCUUGAAAUCCCACGUCAUCACCAGGCUCAGAAAAUGGCCAAGUUUGACCGCAUCUUCACAUCCAACCUGGCCGACUUCGUGGGCUGCCGCAAGCUUCUCCAAACUCUCAGGCCACUGAUGAAUCCAAACAAUAAGAAUGCCACGCUAGUUACCGAGACUAUGAAUUGGAUCCUAUACAUGCCAGAGGCAAACGUGUGGGAUGAACGUUCUGGGAGAGAUAUCAACGACUCCACCAAGACAACGAUGCAGCUAUGCAAAGAUGACACGGGGAAGGCGCUCUCCAGUCCGAUGGCUAUCAGCAACCAGAUUGAGUACUUCAACAACACUCACUGGUUUUGUGCAUACCUACGGGCAAACAUGAUGGCCGGGGGCUUCCAUAUCCCAGAGCUGGACCAUAUUCCAAAUCUCAAGGAGGCCAUGAAGUGUGAAGGGCUGCAGAUGCAUGACUUUCGGGAGGAACUCAACAAACUGGUGCCGUUCAAGUUUCGAGUGAAUGCCAGGAGCCUUACCUCUCCCACUGGUGCAGAGAGGGCACUGGAAUGGUACUUGCCUUCUGACCGCUAAGCUCUGGUAUAUCUCGUGCAUUCUGAUGGAUCGGAGCGUGCCAAUCAUCAAGAAGAAUGUUCAGACUUCAAUUGUGCAUCUGUACAUACUAAGUUAACUUUAAUACACCAUCCAUAUUUCAAUGGAAGCUGGCUGAAUUUUUUUCACAAUAAGCAGUUGAAGUAUGAAGACUGAUGAAUCCAACUGUUUGAAACAACUUCUUCUUUGUCCCGUACACCUCAAGCUCUGUCUGAAAACUUAUACAACUUCCAAUUAUGACAGUGGUGUGCUGUCUGCUAGAGGGUCACUGACAUUUUAGAAUCUGGAGUUGGCUUCAUCAAUGGCAGUUUAUCACCAUCAUUAUCUGGAACUGCAUGCUGCCAAGAAAGGUGAAUCUGUUCACCAUACUCAGCUUUGGUCC